AUGGAGGAAGAGGAAGUCGUCGCUGAGGAAAUUUUAGACUUACCGGUGGAAAUCAUUUCACAAAUCCUGGAAACAAAUCCCACUUCUUCAAUCAAGUUCAUCAAGAUCAAACAUGCAAUAUAUGCAUACUGGCGUGUAUUUCGAAAUGUACAAGAUAGCUUGAAGGGUACGAAUUGGAAGGAAGAGAUGGGCCGUGUUAGAAAUCAAGGAUUAUGUAGUGACACAUGCUGGGCCGUUGUAGCCGCUGAACUCGUCAGUGCACUGUUGUUCAUCAAGAAGAUUAACAAGACUUACAUAGAAUACUCAGCUCAAGAUAUUCUCGAUUUUGCUGAUCCGGAGAAAGCAAGAAACUGCAACAGGCAUGACCACUACUGCUACACUCUGAGCAUAAGGAAAGGGUUACAUUACGUUCUUCGUGAAGGACUUCAAAAGGAAGAGCAUAGGCCAUAUAAGAGGUGUAGACAUGCUAGUGAAAUACCGGCACGUAUUCCACGUGAUUUGGCGCACAUAGAUGGCGUGGAAAUGUUAUCUUUCGACGAAGCACUCAUCAAGCUAGAGACACAACCAAUUGGAGCAUCGUUGCAUAUUUUUAUGCCGGAUUACAAACUCGUUAAAAAGCUAUAUCUCUAAUUCUCUUAAAUAU